AUGGAGUUCAACACAGCAGAUAGUCUGAACGAGACGAUCAUCAGGAGGAGGAAUCUAAGUAGGCUAAGGGAGGAGGAGGAGGAGGAGGAGGAGUUGAGGGAAUAUGAUCUCCUCAGUAGGCUUGGAAACCCAAGUGGUGAUGACGGUGACCUCCACGUAGAUUGUUCUCUUAAGCUCGGUCUCGGUCUCGGUCUCGGUCUCGGUCUCCCCAAUGAUGAAAACACUACAACUCAUCCCAGCUCCUCCAUUACCUUCGUCCAUUCUUCGCCUCAUCAACAGGUCAGUAACAACCAUGGCUUGAUCAUGACGGGUAGAAGUGCAUUCCAUUCUUGGAAUCUCAAUCGCUUGAACGGCCUUCUAUGCUCAGCAGAUGUCGCCGACUACGGCAACGGCAACGGUAACAAAACGUACUCCGGUGACAGCUCUGAGAUUGUAAAGAGAUGUGCAUACUGUGGGAAGACUGAUACACCAUUGUGGCGUAAUGGCCCAAAUGGUCGCAAGACCCUUUGUAAUGCCUGUGGUAUUCGUUUUAAGAAGCAAGAGAAGAAAGCUUUGAGGAUUUCAGAGCCCCACCCGAGUCCCAAACCGAAGUUCUAA